CAUCACUUCCGAUGGGAGUCUCCAAGCAAGACCAACGAUUCUUCCAUGUCCCCCGCGCUUGAGCUAACCUGGAGUUUCUUGGAGUUCUCUCGAUUCCCUGGAGACGAACCGUCGGAAAUUCGCAGCUAAUGCACAGUCUGUGUGCGACCGUCCUUAUCGGGUUGACCAGACGAAACGUUGACCACGCCUUACAACUUGCAUCCUAUCCUGUACCUCAAUUCCGCGAUACUAAGAAGCUAAAGCUAAAGCUCUUAUCAAACCAAUUCCGACUUCUCCACCGUGUCCAAUGACUUGACUUAUCGAAUCGCAACGGCUUACAACGCCCUUUGCCAAUUGGCAUGACGCGCCACAUAGCUUGUGCAAGGUACGGUGCACACUCGUUUGUCGUCUGAACGGCCCCCGAGAGAUACCCCAGGUCGCCAUGGGCUUGCAUUGCCUGAUCCGGCUGGUCUUGGAGGGAUGAGUCGCGCAUCGGAUGAGAACGAGAGAGCGCGCCUAUCUUGCGCGCUCCUGGUCGGAAGAAGAGGGGCGAGGGGCCUCACUCUGGGGAUCCCCUUGAUCGAUUUGGAGAUAUAAGCUGUAGCUUUAUCUAGAGCUCGACUUCCCUCAAUCCCCAAUCGCAAUUCUCUCGAUACCCUCCACACUCGCCAUUGACUUCUCGAAACACCUUUCUCUCUCUCGGUGACAAGGAAACCUGUAUAACCAUACACGCAGAGAAUCUUCACACCACCACAGAGACACAAACACAAUGGCGCCACCGCACCCUCUAGAUCCCCUCUCGUCCGCAGAGAUUGAAAAGGCCAUCGCCGCCGUCACAAAGGCCCACGGCGAUGUCUUCUUCAACGUCGUCUCCCUCCACGAACCCCGCAAGGCCGAACUGACAAAAUGGCUCGCCUCGCCCUCGACAACACCCCUCCCCGCCCGCAUCGCCGACGUUGUCGUCAUCGCAAAGGGCGGCAAGGUCUACGACGGCCUCGUUGACCUCGCCUCCGGCGCCAUCACCAAGUGGGAGCUCAUGCAAGGCGUGCAGCCCAUCAUCACAAUGGAAGAGCUCCAAAUCGUCGAACACAUCUGCCGCACCGACCCCAAGGUCAUCGAGCAGUGCGAAAUCUCCGGCAUCCCCAAAUCAGACAUGCACAAGGUCUACUGCGACCCCUGGACAAUCGGCUACGACGAGCGCCACGGCAACACCAUCCGCCUCCAGCAGGCCCUCAUGUACUACCGCCCGGACCCGGACACCUGCCAGUACCAGUACCCCCUCGACUUCUGCCCCAUCUACGACGCCGACAAGCAGGCCAUCAUCGCCAUCGACAUCCCCACCGUCCGCCGGCCCCUCAGCAAGGCCGCCCCCGUCGACUACACGCCCGCCGCUGUGAAGAAGCAGUCCGGCGGCUACCGCACCGACCUCAAGCCCAUCAACAUCACCCAGCCCCAGGGCGUCUCCUUCCAGAUGCAGGGCCGCCAGAUCGCCUGGCAGAACUGGAACUUCCACAUCGGCUUCAACUACCGCGAGGGCAUCGUCCUCAGCAACAUCACCUACAACGACAAGGGCAAUGUCCGCCCCAUCUUUUACCGUUUAUCUCUUGCGGAGAUGGUCGUCCCCUACGGAAACCCGGAGCACCCUCACCAGCGCAAGCACGCCUUCGACCUCGGCGAGUACGGCGCCGGAUACAUGACGAACAGCCUCUCGCUCGGCUGCGACUGCAAGGGCGAGAUCCACUACCUCGACGCCGAGUUCCCCACCCGCAACGGCGGCGUGCGCACCAUCAAGAACGCCAUCUGCAUCCACGAGGAGGACAGCGGCAUCCUCUUCAAGCACACCGACUUCCGCGACGACUCCGUCAUCGUCACCCGCGGCCGCAAGCUCAUCAUCCAGCAAAUCUUCACCGCCGCAAACUACGAAUACGCAAUCCAAUGGAUCUUCCACCAAGACGGCACAAUCCAGCCCGAAAUCAAACUCACCGGCAUCCUAAACACCUACUCUCUCAACCCAGGCGAAGACACAAAAGGCUGGGGCACCCAAGUCUACCCGGGCGUCAACGCCCACAACCACCAGCACCUCUUCUGCCUGCGCGUCGACGCCAACAUCGACGGCCCCCGCAACACCGUCUUCGUCGCCGACGCCGUCGCCUCCGACGCGCCCGUCGGAUCCCCCGAGAACUUUUACGGAAACGCCUUUUACGCCAAGAAGACCAAGCUCGACACCACGGGCAAGUCAAAGACUGAUUAUGACGGGUCGACGAGCCGCACCUGGGAGAUUGCGAAUACGGAUAAGCUGCAUCCGUACAGCGGGAAGCCGGCGAGUUAUAAGCUUGUGAGCAGAGAGGUUCCUGGGUUGCUGCCCAAGGAGGGGUCGUUGGUGUGGAAGCGCGCUGGUUUCGCGAGACACGCUGUGCACGUCACAAAGUACCGCGACGACGAACUCUGGCCCGCGGGCCGCCACGUCCCCCAAACCUCAGGCGAGCCCUCCUCCGGCAUCCCCGAAUGGAUCGGCGACGGCACAGAGUCCAUCGAGCAAGAGGACAUUGUCCUCUGGCACACGUUCGGCGUCACCCAUAUCCCCGCGCCCGAGGACUUCCCCAUCAUGCCCGUGGAACCCAUCACCCUUCUCCUGCGGCCGCGCAACUUCUUCGCGAACAACCCCGUCAUGGACGUCCCGCCCAGCUACUGCAGUACCCCGAGCCAGGUCGCGGCCGGCAAGGGCGCGCUGGAGGCGGCGGAUGGGGUGAGCAAGCUUGCUUUUACGGGCGGUGCGGCUGCUGGGGAGUCGUGCUGUGCGCCGGGGAAGAGUAAGUUGUGAGGUGGUUGGUUUCUGUACGCAGAAAUUCUGAAUGAAGCGUUUUAGAUAAAAUAUUUAGGCAUGCACAUAGUAUUGAAUAGCAAAUUUUCGUUUGACAGCGCAUGGCUGCUUCUCUUGUGUACUGUAUGAUAGAAUCCUAUGCUCUGCAGACCCAUAGCGCUUUCCCAGGGCUUCACUUCAAUCGAGAAGAACAAGCGUUCCGCC